CACCUGAGUCAUACACCACUGUACCUCUACGAAAACACCAAACUUGAAGCUUGAAGCUUGAAAGGACACAUUUAAUGCCAUCACGAACAGCUGGCACCACUACGCAGAGACACAUAGCCACUUUCAUUCUGAAUAUUGUCAACUCGCCCUCUCUCGGGUCCACUGCCAUCACCUCUUCUCUAGAUACCAUUUAUUUUCCUCGUCUGACAUCGUUCACGCAACCUGCAAGCCUUGGUGCAAAUGGUUCUGCGGCCUUAACAACCGUAGCACGGUCUAUCCAUCCAUCCAUCCAUUUGACGGCUUCGCUUCAGUUCUGGCAUAUCUGUGCUAAAUAUCUAUCGAUCAAUAUCGAAAAGGCUGUACGUAUGUCGAUCUGGGCAUGGAUCCAUGCCUCGGUUGACGACCAGGUUUCACAGGUGUUAAGACGAGCGACGCUGUUUCGGAGAAAGAUGGAGUUUGGUCGGUUUUCGGGAUUUUGUGUCGGCGUAAGAACGAGCCCGAGGGACAAGAUUGGGUGGAGUAGAGAAAUUGGCAGGCAUGGUUUACUGUAGGACAGACGUUCAAAUAUAGCGCCAGAAAUGUCCAUCUUAGGACGCCUCUGAGUCUCGAUCCCUCACCUUUCAUGAUGUUUCACCUGGUGGCCAGCUCACAACCAUUACACCACUCAUUAUUCAACGUCAAGUCUCUGUCGGAUAACGAAGUCAUCCAAGGUUUCCAGCUCACCACCUCUGCUUAGCAUAUACCGCAUAACCCGAUAUUUGUGCCGCGUUGCUAUCCUCGACACCUUGCCCAUGUUUCUGUCUCGCUCGCAACACGUUCUCUCCAUCGCAAUAUAUUCGCCUCCGCCUGCAAUGGGAUCUUCUGAUGAUCACAUCGUGAUCUCAUAUCCAGAGUCCAGACUGACGGGCGCUCAAGUUUAAACGCGGGUUCCUGUCAGUUCCGUUCCCGCAGUCUCUGUCGGAUACGCAGCUUAUCUGUCUGUUUCGUCUCUUCUUUCUCUUUCUCUUGGUUAUGAAUACCACAUCUCAGUCGGCAAGGCUACUCGGAAGAUCUGGAGGCACUGAACACAUUCAUACUGCAAGCUGC